AUGAACACUCUAGACUUAAUCUUUUCAUCUUUCCCGAUAAAAGUUCAAAAAUCUGAAUUUGUGCUUGUUAUAGAAGAUGUAUAUCAUCCAGCUCUGUACAUGUCUGCAACGGACGUCUUAGUACCUUCACGCAGGCCUUCUUUUAGGACUAAAUAUCAAUUUCAGCGAGCAGACUACCGUAGUAUGAAUGAUUUACUUUUGAAACAAGACUGGGCCUUUAUCACAAGGGAAACAAGUUUAGAUCGUGUUACUGAUAAAUUUUACAGUAUGAUAAAUGAAUUAAUUGAAAAAUUCGUUCCUAAAAUCCGAUGUGGUGGUAAUUAUUCUUUUCCAAUAUGGUACAGCAGAGCACUAAUUAACCUUAUAAAAGAAAAGAGUAAAUUGCACUCUAGUUGGAAGAAGCAUAAAAAUCAGAUUGAUUACGCAGACUUUUCGGAGCUGAGAAAACGACAAAAGAUACUAGAGCAACAAUGUUAUAAACUGUACCUAACACGCACUCAAGAGAAUAUUAAACAUAACCCCAAAGCUAUCUGGAGUUAUGUAAAGUCUAAGCGUAAAAACCAUUCUGAUUAUCCUCAAGAAAUGACAUACGGAGACACUAAGUGA